AUGGCUUGGAUGGGGGCCGCUCGUCUAGGCCUCGAGCCGAAGAGCGUUGCGGACACGGUUGGUGGGAACGCUUGGUCCCACAAACGGAUGAUGGGUGCCGGUUUGGGGACUGUGGUCGCAGGCCCGCAUUCGGCGGAAGGGGUGGUGGCCGCGGCGGGAGCAGGAGUGACGGUAUUGCGGUGCCGCACGUCUUACCGACCUCCCCAGCGGCAUGGACGGGGGCGCCAACGUUUGAUGGCGGACGCGGUGGGGCUGCAGGGGAAGAGGAGUGUCGGUGUUUCGUUGCCGCUCUCCUGUCCUCUGCAGCCGAUUGGAGGUGGCCCACUUCGGUGGGCGGUGGUUAGGUUUAAUGGGGCUGCUCCGGGUACCUCUCUGGCG